UUCUUCUCUUGGGAAGAGAGAAAGGGUAGACCUAGAGAGAGAGAGAGGAGAGAGAGAGAGGGAAGGGAGGAUGGCUCUGCUGCCGUGCCAGAGCCUGCCCGGCAUUGGCUGCGGCAGCAUCGCCCUGGCACGAGCGAGGGUGCAGCAAUGUCUGGCAGCGGCGUCACACGCGCCCUUUCUGCCUCCACUCCUGCGCGCCAAUGGCGGCGGCAGGACGGGCCGUUCCCCUGCCUCCGUUAAGGCUGGCAAUGCGAUAGGCUUCGGCCGGCGGAGACGGAGGGACCUGCGCGUCGUCGUCGCGGAGGCGAGCGCGGCGGCGGCGGCCAAGGUCACCACGGCGUCGCCUGGCGGCGUCAGCAUCAGCGACGUGCUCUGGCCUUCCGCUGGAGCAUUCUUGGCCAUGGCAGUACUGGGGAAAAUGGACCAGAUGGUGGCGUUCAAGGGAGUCUCCUUGACGAUUGCGCCCCUUGGAGCGGUCUGCUGCGUGCUUUUCAGCGCUCCAGACUCGCCUGCAGCCAAGAAAUACAAUAUGUUCGUCGCCCAGAUUGGUUGUGCAGCAUUAGGCGUAUUAGCCCUUUCGUUGUUUGGGCCAGGCUGGUUAGCAAGAGGUGCAGCUCUUUCUGCCUGCAUAGCAUUCAUGACCAUCACAGGCGCUUCACAUCCUCCAGCUGCAAGCUUGCCCCUCUUAUUUAUUGAUGGCCCGAAGUUUCACAAUUUGCAAUUUUGGUAUGCACUUUUUCCUGGAGCUGCAGGCUGCGCCGUCCUUUGCUUGAUUCAAGAGGUGGUGGUUUACCUAAAGAAGAACUUCAAGUUUUGAUUCAAGCAGCAUGACUUGAUGGCUUCUUGUGGCAGUGAUUCUACUAAUUAUUCAAUCAUGUACCAUAAAUUACAUGACCUGCAUUUGCAAGAAGAUGAGAAAAAUGUAGGCUUACUGUCACUUGGUUAAAGAAGAAAGAAGACCUUCCUUGAUACUUUGUACUGAUCAAAGUGCAGGGUACAAACGUAGGCUUACUGUCACUUGGUUAAAGAAGAAAGAAGACCUUCCUUGAUACUUUGUACUGAUCAAAGUGCAGGGUACAAACGUGAAGACAUACCAAUCUCUCAUUGAAUGAAGUCUGACAACUGUACACACUGAAUUCCUGACCUCUUUUUUUUGGUAAUAUCAGUCAUGUACUGUAAUUGUACAAAUCUAAAUAAUCAGGAAUACUUCAUGAUAACCUCUGGCUAUCUGAAGGGAGAUCAGUUGUUCUAGAACAGAGUUGCAGUUGCAUGAACA